UUGAACUUGCGGAUUAUCCGCAAUAAUUAUAGUUUUUUUAUAUUAACUUAUAAUUUAAGAUAAUGAAAUGAAAUGAUUUAAGCCCGUUGAAGUAUUUUAUAUUAAUAUUGUUUUUUGUUUAAUAAAGUUAAAAUGUAUAAUCCAGCGGUAACUGUAAAACGAAUCGAUGUUUUGAUUCGUAUUUUGAAUGGUCGUAAAACGAUAUUAUCCUCUAACUCUGUCCGAGCCUAUUCGUCUGAAGGUAAAAUUACGAUAGGAAAUGUAAGUAAAGAAAUUACGAAACCACAAAAGCUUCAAUACGUGCCUCGAAAAUAUCUUAUAACUGAAGAUUUAGAACUAAAGUCAUUAUCACAAAGUACUCUACGCAAUUUAAGAUGGAUGAUGCAAAAGGAUAUUUUAGGACAGGAUAUGUUUUUAUUAGGAAGACCUGGACCUAGUCGGAGAAAAGUGGCAUUGCAAUAUUUAGAGUUGACUCAAAGAGAAUUAGAAUAUGUCGCUUUAUCAAGGGACACUACGGAAGCCGACCUCAAGCAGCGACGAGAGAUACAAAGUUCUACAGCUACAUAUUUUGAUCAGAGUGCAGUACGCGCGGCAAUUAAAGGUCGCGUCCUUGUAAUAGAGGGUAUCGAAAAAGCAGAACGGAAUGUAUUGCCAGUGUUAAAUAACCUUCUCGAAAAUAGAGAAAUGCAUUUAGAAGACGGACGAUUUUUAAUACCAGCUUCAAGAUAUGAUAAAUUGUUACAAGAACAUGGUGCAGAAGAGGUUUCAAAGUGGCGCUUGGUGCGCGUAGAUGAAAAUUUUCGCGUUAUAGCGCUAGGAUUGCCAGUUCCAAAGUACACCGGACAACCACUAGAUCCGCCGUUGCGUUCGCGGUUUCAGGCGAGAGAUGUCGCUACUGUUGGAUUUGGGGAGCAUCUAAACGCCUUGAAAGAAGAAGCACCCCGUGUGGAUACGGCCAAGCUAGAACAGUUGUUGUCUGCCGCUUAUGCACUAAUCAGCCCUGAAUUGCAGCAAAUAAGUCUACCGGACUUCCCAGUGGAUAGCUUGUAUGCUGCUGCACUAAUUUUGGAAAGGAACCCAAAUAUACCCGUGCACAAACUCUUGUACUUUUUAUAUCCAUACAACACAUUCCUUUCAAAAGACCACGUGAAGAACGUGCAGGCCGUUUUACAUAACCUCAAUGUAGAUACCAAACCAGAUUGGAAUAUAUCUCUAAAAAAGGUAGACUUUAAAGAAAACCAGGACAUUAUAGAUAUGGAAAUUAAUGGUCAAACCUCACAAUUUGGGGUUGCCAUCGGUGAUAGAAAGAGUAAGACGGAGAAGAAAGGAUUUGUUAAUACUGAAUACCAGACUCAGUUGCUGAAUGUGAUACUUCUAAGCCAUAGUGUUGGAGAUUUCUGUAUUAUUGGUCCCAAAGGAUGUGGUAAAAGUCUUCUUGUGUCUCAAAUGGCGUCCUUAUUGGGUUAUACAAUAGAGCCUAUAGUCCUGUAUCAGGAUAUGACAGCUAGAGAUCUAAUUCAGCAGCGUACAACCUUGGACAACGGGGAUACUGUUUGGCGAAAUUCCGCUUUAGUUGAAGCAGCUCUGAAAGGACAUUUGGCAGUAUUAGAUGGAUUACAUCGAAUACAUGCCAGUACCUUAGCCGUUCUGCACAGGUUAGUCCACGAUAGAGAGAUUCAACUCCACGAUGGCACCAGACUACUUCGCCACGAUAGAUACGAUGAUAUGCUGUCUUCUGGACUGUCUCAAAAAGAAUUGGAAGAAAGCGGCGUUAAGAGAAUUCAUCCUUCAUUCAGACUAAUAGCAUUAGCUGAACCUCCGGUCACUAGUCGAGGGCAACACUGGCUGUCUCCUGAAAUACUCAGUUUGUUCAUAUUCCACGAGAUGAGAAAUUUAAGUAAAAACGAGGAGAUAUUCAUUAUUAAUUCAUUGUAUGGAGACAUCUCUAGUCCAUUACAUUCUAUAAUAGACUUAGCCGAUCAACUAAGACUAUCGGAAGACAGUACUCUAAAGAAUCUCUCAUCGUCCUUAUCUACGAGACAGCUCCUGAGAAUAGCAAGUCGAAUGUCUAAAUAUCCUGCUGAUUCAGCUUAUGAAACCGUACAAAGAACGUUUUUGGCAAAAUUCCUUCCGAACUUAGCUAGACGAGCGCUUGAUGGAGCCAGUCAGAAGAUUGGAAUCCAACCACCAACGAAAUUUGGUAUUUUUGGACGAGAUCCUAAAAAAGUCGGAUGUUCUGUUCAAAAUGGCGUGCUAACUAUUGGCAAAACAAGCACGGAAAUAUUUAAAACUGAUGCCUUAACCAAAGUUCCUGAUAUUCUAUUCUAUGACGUACCCCAACAUAUUGCUCUUCUGGAAUGGCUCCUGCAAGAUUUCCUACUGGGAAACCAUUUACUCUUAGUCGGUAAUCAGGGCGUUGGGAAGAACAAAAUAGCGGAUAGACUUCUUCAAUUAUUAAACCGUCCGAGAGAAUAUAUACAGUUACACAGAGACACGACCGUCCAAUCGUUAACUGUUCAGCCAACUGUGCGAGAUGGUGUUGUCAUUUACGAAGAUUCACCAUUAGUCAAGGCUGUUAAAUACGGCCAUGUGCUUGUUGUGGAUGAAGCAGAUAAGGCCCCCACUCAUGUUACUUGUAUACUGAAAACGUUGGUAGAAAGCGGAGAAAUGAUCCUCAGUGAUGGAAGACGUAUUGUGCCUAAGGAUAUGAUGGAAAGUUCUGGAGGGGACGUGUCCAGUUUUAUACCUGUGCAUGAAAACUUCAGGAUGAUCGUGCUAGCCAAUAGACCAGGAUUUCCUUUCUUAGGGAACGACUUCUUCGCUUCGCUGGGAGACCUUUUCUCCUGCCAUGCAGUGGACAAUCCUUCAAUAGAUUCAGAGCUAGAGUUACUCCGCUCCUAUGGUCCUGAUGUACCUCAAGAUGUAAUGAAGAAAUUGGUCGAAGCAUUCGCAGUACUAAGGAAUAUGGCUGACCAAGGUCAAUUAACUUAUCCCUACUCCACACGUGAGCUUGUGAACAUCGUUAAACAUUUGCAGAAAUAUCCAGAAGAGGAUUUAGCAACAGCGAUCGGCAACGUGUUCGAUUUCGAUCGUUACAGCAAAGAUAUGGCCGAUACUUUAUUAGAAGUAUUACACGCUAGUGGGCUACCCACUGAGGGAGUGCUAGAGGGGAGAUCAAAGGAAGCCUUGCAAAAGAUACAAAUGACUAUUGAGAGGACCAGUGGCAAAGACGUGUCAUCUCCCAAGCACGGUAAAGAAGACCCUGAUAACCAGCCUCAUGUAGGUGGUAACACGUGGGCUGGUGGAACCGGGGGCAGAGACACAGCGGGUCUCGGGGGAAAGGGGGGACCGUACCGACUGGAUAAAGGGCAUGAUGUCCAUCAGCUAUCAGAUGCAGAGAAAGAUGAUAUUCCAGAGCACGUGAAGAAGGCGGCGCGGGAGAUGAACAGGAAGGCUUUCGAGGAAAGAUUGAAAGAGAUUAAGAUGAGUGAAUAUGACGCGAAGUUGUACGGGCAAUUCUUAAGAGCUGUUCAGCCUCAGAUUGGAGCUCUUCGAGGAGUUUUAGCUGAAUUACAAGCUAAAAAAAAGGAACGACAAUGGAGCAGACAUCAGACCAGCGGUGAAUUAGAUGAUGGAAAAAUAAUUGAAGGUAUAACAGGUGAAAGAUCUAUCUACAGACGGAGGACUGACCAGGACCCUCCUCCGGGAGCUCCACCAGACAAGCCCAAACGUCUGAGACUAGUUGUGGACGUAUCCGGCAGCAUGUAUAGGUUUAAUUCAUACGACGGUCGUCUCGAACGUUCUAUGGAAGCUGUAGUCUUAAUGAUGGAAGCUCUGAAGGGCUACGAAUCAAGAAUAAGAUACGACAUGUAUGGUCAUUCAGGAGAGGAAUACGCCUUGGAAUUGGUCAAAGUGGACAGGCCUCCGGAGAAUGAGAAGGAACGGUUACAAAUAAUCCGCACGAUGCACGCGCACGCGCAGUUCUGCUGGUCGGGCGACAACACGCUGCGCGCGGCGCGGCACGCGCUGGGCGCGCUGGCGGCCGGCGACGCGGACGAGGCCGUGCUGCUCGUGCUGUCCGACGCCAACCUGCGCAGAUAUGGCAUUCGACCAGAAGAUUUAGGUGCAAUUUUAACAUCAGAACCAAGUGUACAGGCCCACGUUAUAUUUAUUGGAAGCCUCGGCGAUGAAGCCGCUACACUCUUGCGCCGGCUGCCCGUGGGACACGCACACGUGUGCAUGGACGUCGCGUCUCUGCCACACAUCAUGCAACAAAUAUUCGCUUCAUCGUUAAUGCAGACCUCAUAAACCAAAUGUUAUAUACUACACGAGUAUUAUCUAAACUAUCUUCACAUUUCCGUAUUAUAUGUAUAUGUAUAUGUAUGUAUAGAUUCUCGUUAGAAAUGUUCGAUUAAUAUGAAGCCAGAAAUUAUGGAAAAAGUGACCGCCACGGGACUACCUUCAUACUACUUCAUUUGACAUGAUAAUUUUUUUACUUUCGGUGUAGGCAAAUGACUCCACUCGACCUGAUCGUAAGUGGUAGUGGAGUCCAAACGCGAAGACGGUUAGGAAGAAUGAGAUCGCCUCUCGCCGAGAUCGCCUUCGCCAUUCAUGCCUCGUUUAAAGUGACCUAGGUUAUAAGAGGUUCCUUACUGACACGUGUGGUGGUAGAGAAUUCCAUUUUUUGGGGGUGCGACUGGGAAUUGAUGUCACAGUUACACGGUCACACCGAGACUCAUUGAUGCUUAUUUUAAAUAAUUUAAAAUUAAAAUUUUGUUAAUAAAGUAUCUAUGUAUUACUAAGUAUACAGUAAUGAACAUUCACGAGGCAUUCACUAAAUGCAUACACAAAGACAGACACAAGGGAGUAGAGAUCGGUUGAGAGGGCAAGAUGGCGACAUGCCGUUUGCCGUCACGGCAUACGAGUCGGUCUCAUCCCAAAGCGACCGAAUACACGUUUCACAUUAAGUAAAGCAAUAAACAAGAUUUUCCAUACCUGUCUUAUUUGUGAACUUUAAUAUGAAUGUAGUUUAUUGAUUAAAUAUUAUGAUUAUGAAACUUCUAUAAAUAGUUUAUAUUUAAAAAAAUCUACGUUAUAAGUAGCCAAUGUUAUGUUAUAGUUGUAAUAAUGAGAGAUACAAUUUAGCGAAUUUAAUAGGUGAUUCUACAACACAUCACAAUUUGGUCGCAUUAUACAUGUAUUGUAUUAUGUACAAAUAGAUUUAAACGGAAAUCGGUUGAGAAUAUUUGAAAUUGGAAUCAAACGAUUUAACGCAUACGACGAAGGAUUUUGUUUUAUACUGUUUGUAUGUUAAAUAAAUGUAUUUUUAGACGUACAAUAGUAAUAUAUUUUUUAUAUAAUUUUUAGACAAUAACAUAGUUAUUACUAAUAAUAAAU